AGGGCAUGCAGCCUCAGCUGUUUGUUUCAUGCGAGGCCUUUUGCGCAUUGAAAUUACUCUCAGUGUGAUGCAGGCUGCCCACGGUCUUCUCAUGCUGCCUCUCCGAUCUGUGUCGCUAUGCAUGCUGCUUCUCCUCCUUUACUGCGAUUACGGGCACUGCAAACCUCUUAAUACUUUCGCCGGGCCGUUCAUAGCGUAUGCUCAUAGGUUCGAUACAUGCCCGUCAGACGGCACCUUCGUGUACAACGUGCGAGUCAGCCACUUCAACCCAGCGAAGCCCUUCGAGAGGCAGACCGUCACAGGGAAUGCUUCCAUGAAAGAGGAUAUGAACGAUUCGAUGUGGGGGCGGUUCACCGUCGACAAUGAGCCAGUGAGCUGGGAGUUUCCUAAGUUCAAAGUGAUGCCGUAUGGACACUACCGCCUCACUAUCAAGAUGGGCCCCAUCACCAGUCGCGAAGUCCAAUUGUGUUGUGUUGUGGAUUGUGAAGUGAUCCCUAGACCAUCCUAGAGGAACGGCAAAACAGGCGCCCGGGUGAUUCCAUGCGUAGGGGGUCAUUUCAGGCCUGAUGUCAACAACCGUCCAAUGGCCGCAGGCAUGGAACUGUCACUUUGCUCCCUUGAGACCAAGAGCUUCUACAAAUUAUUGUAUGCAAAUGAAGUAAAUAAAAAUGUUAG